GGAUAAGUGUAGCGGAUUGCUGCGCGUGCGUGGCUUCGGGAUGCUAGAAGAAGUAGGGAGGACGGCGCAGACUGAGAAGCCGAGAUGGGGAGUUGCGUGGACGUGCUUCGCGUUGCGCUCUUCUUUGUCAACUUAGGAUUACACCAUUCCCUACCCGAAGUCGUAAGAAUAGGAGGGCUCUUCGAGGACUUCGACGACGACCGUGAGAUGGCGUUCCGGUACGCUGUAGAUCGGAUCAACGCGGAUGAUACUGUGCUGCCGAACUCUAGACUAGCAGCCAAAAUCGAGAGACUAAAGCCACAGAGCAGCUUCCAUGCAGCCAAAUCAGUUUGCACUUUGGUCGGAGAAGGAGUGGUGGCGAUCUUCGGGCCCGACUCGGCAGCUUCCAGUGCCUUGGUGCGCUCUACUGCAUCCGCCCUUCAUCUUCCACAUCUGGAGUCACACUUGGACUUAGAGCGUGGUGCUCGUGCUCCUUUCACCGUUUCAUUGUUUCCUCGCAACUUGGGUACAGCAAUUUAUCAGCUCGUGAAAAAGAAAAGCUGGAAAUCUUUCACUAUCAUCUAUGAAGAUCCUGAAGAACUUAUGAAACUUCAGGACUUAAUGAAGCUACGAAACCAAAAUGAUGUCAAAAUAUCACUACAGCAGUAUACAAUGGAGUUUCAAUACAAUAAGAUCUUAAAAGAUGUCCGGAAAAAAGGGGAGACAAAUAUUGUACUGGAGGUUCCAACUUCUCGCAUCACUGAUGUUCUUAUAGAGGCACAAAAGGCGGGGAUGCUGACAGAAUAUCACAACUAUUUAAUAACAUCUCUCGAUUUUCAUACAUUAGAUUUAUCUCCAUUUCUACACUGUCGGUCUAAUAUUUCUGCCUUCAGAAUAGUAUCUCCUGAAAGUCAGUACUAUGGUCGUGAAGCUCGACCCUGGCGGUUUGGACGCAAAGAACAUUCACUCAAGAAAGAAGUUCCACUGACGACGGAAACAGCAUUACUAGUUGAUGCAGUCAAUUUGUAUGCAAGAGCAUUACACAGUGUUGCAGAGAAGCAUCCUCUCGCAUCUCGCAGUAUUUCUUGCGAUAGUCCCGCAACUUGGCCUUACGGAUCUGACCUUCUAGAUGCAAUCAAAAGAGUCCGAAUGAAAGGACUGACGGGUGAUAUUCAAAUAAACAAUCAAGGACAUCGCAGCAAUUUCACACUAGAUCUUCUGGAAUUAAAGACGAAGGGAAUCGUCAAGGUGGGAACAUGGGAUCCCGAGAAAGAAGUACAAUAUUCUAGGAAUUAUUCAAGUGAUUUAUCGGAGACCAAAAAGAAUUUAGAAAACAUAACGCUGCGUGUCAUGUCUAAAAGGAGUAUGCCGUAUACCAUGGUAAGAGUGGAAGAUUAUUUAACUGGCAAUCAGAGAUACGAAGGAUACUGUGUAGAUUUGAUUCAUCACAUCUGCCUUCGGCUGAAAUGCAAGUAUGUAUACGAAAUCGUGGCAGAUGACAACUAUGGUAAUAAGCAGGAAAAUGGAACAUGGGAUGGAAUGAUCGGGAAAGUAAUGAAUCAAGAAGUGGAUCUUGCAAUCGCCGACUUAACCAUAACUGUGGAUCGCGAAAGCGUAGUCGAUUUCACUAUGCCUUUUAUGAACCUCGGAAUCAGUAUUCUUUUCAAAAAGCCGACAAAGAACAGUCCGCAGCUAUUCUCGUUCUUGGCUCCAUUUUCAUUUGAAGUAUGGGUUUAUAUGGCGACAGCAUACUUAGGAGUGAGUCUGUUACUAUUUGUUCUAGCUCGAUUUUCUCCAUACGAGUGGGUGAGCCCUCAUCCAUGCAACCCAAAGACUGAAUAUUUGGAAAAUACAUUUUCUCUUCUAAAUAGCUUCUGGUUUACAAUCGGGUCCUUGAUGCAGCAAGGCUCUGAUAUAGCGCCUAGGGCGACAUCAACCCGAACAGUGGCAGCACUGUGGUGGUUUUUUACGCUCAUCAUGAUAUCUUCGUACACAGCAAAUUUAGCUGCAUUUUUGACUUCUGAGCGUAUGAAAAGCCCAAUCGAAAGCGCAGAAGAUCUAGCACGGUCAGCUGACAUAUCAUAUGGUUGCGUCAAAGACGGCUCGACAAGACAGUUUUUCGAGAAAUCUACUUUGCAACCAUAUAAAAAAAUGUGGAGUGUUAUGCAAUCUGCUCAACCAAGCGUAUUCACGAAUAAUAAUGAAGAAGGCAUAAAAAGAGUAAAAAAAGGGAAUUACGCAUUUCUGAUGGAGUCGACAACUAUUGAGUAUCAUACAGCGAAAGACUGCGACCUAACUCAAAUAGGAGGCCUUCUCGACUCAAAAGGUUACGGAAUUGCUAUGCCCAUUGGUUCCCCAUAUAGAACACAUAUAUCAACCGAGAUACUGAAAUUGCAAGAAGAUGGCGUGUUACAUGAGUUGAAGGAAAGAUGGUGGAAAAAAGAGGUUAAGUGCAAAGAGGAUGUUAAAAAGCCGAGUUCUGCUAAUGAAUUGGGUCUUCCUAGCGUAGGCGGCGUGUUUGUAGUUCUCCUAGCAGGACUAGGUAUGGCUGCCAUCAUUGCCGUCUUUGAAUUUAUAUGGAGGACAAAAAAGAUUCCCCGCGAUGAAAGGAGGAUGGUACUCCUGGAGAUGUUACACGAGCUGCAAGAUAUCUGCAAAUGUCGCGGUUCCAGUCGUCCGGUACCCAAUUAUCUAGAUGGGGACAUCACCCGCGGCAGUACAGACAAUGAGUUUGUGCUGCACUCUGCAACCAGUUUCAAUACUGUCUCGAGCCAGGAUUUCCUGUCGUGACUUCCGGUCCAUUUGACUUUCGUCAUCAAAUUUUCAUACAGUAGACUCAGUAGAGCAAACUCUGUCAAUCGGUUCAAAAUUCAGUCCCACCCAACAGUAUUGUUUUUACCAAUGAAGAGAAAUUUCUUUUAGUCGUCUUGAGAUAAAGAAGACAGUGGCAUCCUAUUUGUAUUUUUAUACUUUUAUUUAGUUGCUUUCAUUUGUAACGUGACUGACUAAUACAGUGCUUCAUUUUGAUGUAAUUUCUCUGCAACAUGAUUUUUGAGUUCUCUAUUUACACUGUUUUGUACUAGCUUUCAGAAACUUUGCGAGAAUACAAUACAGAGCUCAGAAACUGUGAAACUUGUUCAGACAUUCAUUUUAUGAAAUUAUGAGGCAUGUAAAUGACUUACUAGAACUUCAAAGCAAGAUAAAUGUACAAAAUCUUGAACAUAUAACUGUAUCUAGAAAUAAAAUUUUUGCGAUGGUUUGUA